AUGACGCAGGUGCUCACCGGACAUGGAGCUUUCGGGGAGUACCUGCUAAGGAUUCGGCGAGAGGUGACUGACACUUGUCACCAGUGUCAGAAAGAGCAGGACACGGCGCAACACACCAUCAAGCAUUUGCACACGGCGGCCUAUCAUCUCACGCCCAAUGGGAUGGUAGAGCGGUUACAUCGGCAGUUAAAAGCAACAAUCAAAUGCCACGAUACGAACGACUGGGUAGAAACUUUACCAAUCGUUUUAUUGGGUAUACGAACCGCCAUUAAGGAGGACCUAAACGCAAUGGCAGCCGAAAUGGUUUACGGCACCGGAAUACGGUUGCCGGUAGAAUUCUUUUUACCAGCGGAUCAACAGGCAAACUCAAAAUACGCGAUCCGGUUAAAAGAGCGAAUCGAAAAAAUCAAGUCACACCCAAUCCCACGACAUGGCAUGAAGAAAAUUUUCAUUUUCCGCGAACUCGCAUCAUCGCCGUCUGUAUUUUUGCGCCACGAUGCAGCCAGAAACCCUUUACAAUCACCUUUCGGCGGGCCAUAUAAGGUGAUACAACGAGGCGAUAAAAACUUUAUCAUAGAAAUAAACAACAAGAUGCUAAGAGUUUCCAUAGACCAGUUAAAACCUGCUUUUGUUGUACCCAACGACAUCGAUCAACAACGACAACAUUGA